UAAUAAUUAAAAAUUUUGUGGCAAUUGUGAUUUUAUGGCAGUGCAAUAUUGUGUUGUAUUAAUUAAAUAUUGCCAACGUUCGCGAUGGAUAGUUGUUCGGAAUCGCAGCCUCGCGUAUCAUAAUGAUUGUGUGAAAAUCCGCGUCUCAUUGUCGCAUGUAAAAAAAAACAAAUAUAUUCUUGAGAUGAAAACGCAUCCUUGACGCGUGCAUUCUUGUAUGCAAGACUCGUCGUUGGUUAUAGUAUCGAAGACUACGUGAUUUCCUCGUGGCCGAGAAUAAACGUUAACAAAAAACAACUGUGAACCAGUGUGAAAAUCAUCGCAAAUUUCUUCGAGUGUGUUUUAUUCGAAAAUACCAUUGACCGAUUCAUGAAUGAGCGUCGAUAGAGGAUUAAACAUGCUGCACAAGCAUGGAAGCAAUUCACAUGGUGCUGUAUAUAAGAUCGGCAGAAGCGCUUUUCUAAAAUCAAUGUCGGAGUUUCCAGUGGACGGAAGCGAAAACGGGGACAUGCAGACCGUCAUGGAGAACUUCCAAAAGAAGAACAAUUUGGUGUCCGCCAGGACGCACCAUGUCAGCCAUGGUCAUCAUCCGCAGGUCACCACCACGUCGUCGCAGAUGCUGACGACAAACCAGAGCCAACGCCAGAGUAGUAGCAGCACUAGUACCACUAGUAGUAGCAGCAGCAGAGUGGCCAAGUCCUCGCAGAGGAUCCUCACCUCGUCCUCGUCGAGUGAGAUGAAGGCGAGCUCCAUGAAGAGUGAUUUGACGGAACUCAAGCGCGGCAUCUCGGAGAUGAAAAACAUCUCGACCAAUUUUUCGCAGCGACUGCGUAGCAGUAUGGAGAACCUCGUGGACAGAGAUGGCAAUGGACCGGAAGAGACCAAUCUCACGGAACCGUUAGUGACUUUUCCGGAUCCGGAUACGCCGCCACCUGUCAGCGAUGCUGUCACAUUGACGGGCGGUUCUCCGUCCCAAUUAAGUUCCCUGAAUUCCCUGAACAAUCUUCAUCACGGGAUGAGCCCACCAAUAAACAUGCCUAAUAUAGCUAAUCUACCUGCCGGCCAGGAAACUAUGAAGUUUGAACAGAAGAAGAUGACCAGCGCAUCUAAAACAAAGGUCGUGACAGAUGGAUUUAGCGCCGAAAAAGCGACGGCGAAUAGCGCCGAAAUGAGAGCCCUACAAGCUGGCGACGUCUCGUACAAGGAACAGAGCGCUGCGACGGCGGCGAGAGCGCGUGUCGAGCUCGACGGCGUCUCGGCAGAGAAAAGCGUCGCUGCUGCGAGGGAACAGAGAAGCUUGAAAGCUGGCGAUUUAUCGCAUCAGGAAAGCAACAAUAUGGCAGCAUCCACGAUGAAGCUUCAGAGUGAUUCAUUCACUUCCGAAAAGAAAGCAAUGGCAGCACAGCAGCAACGACAGACAGUCACGUCAACCGGCAUCUUCAACCACGAGAAACACAUGGCGUCAAGCUCGCAGUCGAGCAUCACGAUCGCGUCCAAGUCCGGGGUGAGCGCGUCCAAGUCGAUGAUCAACGCGGCGAGUGCGGUGAAUCAGCUGAUGAAUGGUAUGCGGACACCAACGGCCGAGGACGAGCUACUGUCUCUACCGUUGGACGAUCUCGACCUGCUGUGCUCCAAGUCGAAUCCGCAGGACGUGGACUGCGCGAUCGCGAAGUACUGCGGCCUGCUUGACAGCUUCGUGGAGCGACUGAAGGCGAGCGCCGACAGCAAGAGCAAUAGCUCCGGCGGCAGCAGCAAGGCGCCACAAUUGCUAAACAGGGUGAACGAGAAUCGGAAGGCUUGGGCGGUGCCGACGCACGGCCACGAACUGGGCUACACCUUGUGCAACACCCUGAGGACGCGCGGCGGUCUCGAUCUCCUAAUGUCACACUGCGUGGCGAACGAUCAGGAGCUGCAAUUCUCAUCGGCGAGGUUGCUGGAACAGUGUCUGACCACGGAGAAUCGUGCCCACGUGGUGGAGAACGGUCUGGAGAAGGUGGUGAACGUGGCGUGCGUGUGCACGAAGAACGCCAACUCGGUGGAUCACUCGCGCGUCGGCACCGGGAUCCUCGAGCACCUGUUCAAGCACAGCGAAGGCACGUGCAGCGACGUGAUCCGGCUGGGUGGUCUGGACGCGGUGCUGUUCGAAUGCCGGAAGAACGACGUGGAGACGCUGCGACAUUGCGCGGGUGCGCUCGCGAAUCUGUCGCUGUACGGCGGCGCCGAGAAUCAGGAGGCGAUGAUCAAGCGUAAGGUGCCGAUGUGGCUGUUUCCGCUCGCCUUCCACAACGACGACAAUAUCAAGUACUACGCCUGCCUAGCGAUCGCCGUGCUGGUCGCUAAUAAGGAAAUCGAGGCGGCCGUGCUCAAGUCCGGCACCCUCGACCUCGUCGAGCCGUUCGUCACGUCGCACAAUCCGUACGAGUUCGCUAAAUCGAAUUUGGCGCACGCACACGGUCAGAGCAAGAAUUGGCUGGAGAGGCUGGUACCGGUCUUGAGCUCCAAGCGAGAAGAGGCCCGCAAUCUGGCGGCUUUUCACUUCUGCAUGGAGGCAGGCAUCAAGAAGCAACAGGGCAACACUGAGAUAUUCCGUACGAUCGGCGCGAUCGAGCCGCUGAAGAAAGUCGCCAGCUGUCCUAACGCGAUCGCGUCCAAGUACGCAGCUCAGGCGUUACGAUUGAUCGGCGAAGAAAUUCCGCACAAACUCAGCCAGCAAGUGCCUUUAUGGUCCACCGAGGACGUACGCGAGUGGGUGAAGCAGAUCGGCUUCGCCGAGGUCGCCCCGAAUUUUGUGGAGAGUCGAGUGGAUGGCGAUCUAUUGCUGCAGCUGACGGAAUUGAAUCUGCGAGAGGACAUCGGCCUGACGAACGGUAUCAUGCGCCGCAGAUUCGCGCGGGAGCUGCAGAAUUUGAAAAAGAUGGCCGAUUACAGCAGCCGCGACACCGGUAACCUGAACAGCUUUCUGCAAUCAAUCGGUCAAGAGUUCUCCAUUUAUACGUACAGCAUGUUAAACGCCGGCGUGGACAAGGACUCGAUACGCAAUCUCUCGGAGGAUCAGCUGCAGACUGAGUGCGGUAUCGCCAAUAGCAUUCAUCGGCUCAGGAUACUCGAUGCCAUCAAGAACAUGCAGCACAAUCAGUUCAGCUCAUGCGAGUACGAAUCGCCGGACAAGUCGCUCGACGUGUUCGUCAGUUAUCGCAGAUCGAAUGGCUCGCAGCUGGCGAGUUUGUUGAAGGUGCAUCUGCAGCUGCGCGGCUUCUCGGUGUUCAUCGACGUCGAGAGACUCGAGGCCGGCAAGUUUGACAACAAUCUGCUGCAGAGCAUCAGGCAGGCUAAACACUUCCUCCUUGUGCUCACGCCCUCGGCUUUGGAGAGAUGUGUACGUGACAGCGAGUGCAAGGACUGGGUUCAUAGAGAGAUCGUUGCCGCAUUGCAAUCGCAAUGUAACAUAAUCCCUAUCAUUGAUAACUUUCAAUGGCCGGAACCUGAAGAACUUCCUGAGGACAUGCGAGCAGUCUGUCACUUUAACGGUGUUCGCUGGAUUCACGACUAUCAAGACGCCUGCGUAGACAAAUUAGAAAGGUUUAUGCGAGGUGAGAUACCUAUGAGAUCUGAGCUGUCCGCCGGAAUUCCGCGCAGCAUGGCACCCAAAGACGUAACCCAGCCGAGUACACCAGGUACGACGAACAUACGACAGCCGCCUAACUAUCAGCGGAUGCACAGCAACGAGAGCAGGGGCAGCGAUAAAGAUUCCACGGCCAAGAUUGCGAAUCGCUCUAUGGCAAUCAUGAUUAGGCUUAAAAAGUCGUCGAGUCCGUCCCGUUGGUUGAUGGGCCUGCCACCCACGUCGCCACGCUUCAAGUUCAUGCACGUGCAUUCGGGGAAUGUCAGCGGGAUUUCGGCAGUGCCUCGCAGGCCGCCGCGGCAGCCUCCUUCGCCGUCGACACGAUCUCGUUCUCUGGAAUUGUUAGACCAGCAGGAACAGGAGCGGAAGAUGUCGAUCUCUUCUGUCAUCGUCCAACGACCACCGCUUCCCAAACCCAGACCGAGGUCACGCAGUCUGGACGAUCUUCUGGAUGAAGACGCGAAGAGCAACAGCGCGGGCGAAUCCCGCGAGGAGCAAAACAAAAUGCAGCGUGAGAAAAAUCAUUCGCUGACAAAUCCAGAGGAGAACAAAACCAUCCCGGUUUCAAAAGAGAACCAAAAGAAACUUAGUACCGAAGCUAUCGAAUCCAAGGAUAAACCAAGACCGGUUCCCAGAAUGAAGUCAAAGAUACCUGACGCUGAAUUCCAAUCCGAAAUGGAGGAUACGCAAACGUCUUCGGAUAAGAAUGACAAAGAAACUUUGUUGUCACAUCCUCCGAAACCGAGUCGAUAUUCCAGUUCGGAAGGACAGUCUUCGACAAGUUCCGAUAAGCACUUUAGAAACCAAGAGCGUCAGGUAAAAGAACAGAAAGUCAGGGGAACGGCACAAGAAAGACUGUUGACGCGGAGCAACGACGAGAAAGAUUACAACGAUGACAAAUCGACGAUAUUGCUGAAAGCAUCGAGAAGCUGCGGUGCGGGAUUGGAUUCUGACGGAAGCAUCUCGUCAAGUGAUUAUAGCGGGUCCGGCACUCGUGCGAAAGGCCCGGGUUCGCUGUUGUCGUUGCCAGCAGGCGCGGAACCUAAGCGCAAACGAAACUUCAUGGACAAGUGCGUGAACAAGGUGCGGUCGUUUAUGAAGAAGUGAAGCGAAGAGAAAUUUCUUGUUAUUUAAUUUCGCGGGCGGAACUGGAAGUCGAGCGCACGAGGCGCUCCGAAAGAUAUCUGAAGGAUAAAAAUAAUAUAAUGUCUCUGAUCAUCGCACUCGAAUUUUAGAUAUCUAAAGAACAUUUAAAAAGUUUCAUUGAUAGUUUUAGGACUUUUUAAAAAACAGUUUAGAUAUCGAAAAAGUGUUAUAUAUAGAGAACCAUCGAAAAAGAAGUUUGAGCUUCUUAAAGUGUUUUAGAUAUUUCUAAAAUCACAGAAUAAAUCUUAGAUUUAGUUUAAAAAAUAAAAAACGCAUUUAAAAACUCUGUUUAAAGGAAGUUUGGCUGAGGAAAUUAUUUAGAUACUUUUAAAAGUUGUUUGGGAGUCUUCAGUGUCUUUCAAGUCAUUGUUUGCGAAAAUUUUCAGCAGUCGCUAUUGAUUCCUGAAUUUCGCGGCAUUGAAUAACUUCGCGUAUUUACUCUCGCAAUGCGAAGAUAUAAUAUUUCGUGCGGAGUUCGUGAUCCGCAUGGUGUACAAUGACAGGCAGCAUGAAAGUAUAUAGCGAAAUGUUGUGCCUAAACAUGCGACAAGUGUCUUUGUAGAAGUCCCAGGAUACGCGUGUUUACGCGAAUUUAGCCUGCUUUUCCAGGUGCCUUUUUGUAUUGUAUUUUUCUCGUUGAAUUGUAUACAUUAUACAUAUACACUACAUUGUAGUAUAUGUUAGAAACGAACGAACGAAUCGAGAAUCGUUAGUUAAGGCGGCUAGAUUAUAUGAUCGUUAUUUGUAAUACUAUUUUUUUAGACAGUUCUCUCUUAGGAAUCCGCGUUUAAAGACGCGUGUGACUCGCGUGGUCAUGAAUUAUGGUUGUUCUUGUCGCAGCUAACAUCAGAAAUAUAUACAAGCGCACGGAGUGUUCGGUAGUAACUCGUGAUCAAGCGACAUUCCUUCUUGAAAGCUAAGAUCUUUGAGAAGUCAAAACGAAAGGAAUUUUUUCCUUAUCAAUAUCUAAUCGAUUAUAUAUCGCGUUUUUUUGCAGCUCUUAGAAUAUUUUCGAAUUUAUAUAUCUUGGUAGCUAUAUACUUAUAUAAUAGCUAUACUUUUUGAGUUAAGAGAUUUCAUUAAAGUAGAAUCCAUCUAAAAUUGAUUAAAGAAAAAGAGGUUUUAUUGUCAAUUUUUAUACGUUUCCUCUACUUUCCUAUUCUAAAAUCUCUACGGUUUCGAUUAAUAAUGAGUUAUUCAUAUCUCAAUAUAUCGUUGUCAGGAAAAAAAUGAUAUUAACUUUCGGUAAGAUAUGUUGUGCGCAAUUAAACACGUUCAUUACCGAACAUCCGAUAAUACAAUCGUAACCGUUUCUCGAGUCGCGCGAUAUUUUAUUAUUUAACACUGUUUUUAUCGCACCAAUCGCUGAUGCUCGGCCCUCAAGCUGAGAAUCGAAAUGGCAACGCUUCGAUAUUCGUAGCUUAAGAGAUCCGCCUGAUUAUCACAAAACUGUAUAUUUUACCAAAGUUUCAUUAAGUUACGAGUUUUAUCGAGAUGUUUGAAUGUUUCUCAAAAUAAAUUUUAUUUAGCGAAA